CUGACGCUGUAAGCCCAGAGCCACGGGAUCGCCGGCCGCACAGGACGCGGACUGUCACUGUGGAUGCGCCGAGCUCACCAACCGGAGACACCGGCUUCUGGGGAGCAUCAGACCUUUUCCUCCAGACUCCACAGCUCCCGAUCCCGGGUAAACAGCGUUCGGGGCGGAAGGCGAUGUUUGCGGGAACCCACCGCGGUCCCCCGGGGAACCGGGCGCCUCCGUUCGCGCGUCUCUGUUGCAUCUCGGCCGCGCUGGGGAUGCUGUGGUCCCCCGCGACGCUGGCAUUCAACUUGGAUGUGGACAAGCUCACGGUGUACACUGGCCCCGAGGGCAGCUACUUCGGCUAUUCACUGGACUUCUACAUACCUGAUGUGCGCACAGCCAGCGUCUUGGUGGGGGCGCCCAAAGCCAACACUAGCCAGCCGGAUAUCGUGGAAGGCGGAGCUGUCUACUACUGUCCCUGGCCCGCAGAGGGGUCUGCACAAUGCAAGCAGAUACCGUUUGACACCACCAGUGGAUCUGCAAAUCCCAAUGGAAAUGUCUUCUUCCUCCAAGAGGCUAAACAAAGUGGCAAUUUUGGCAAGAGUUUUGGAGAAAGCAAAGACUUAGAAGCCUGUGCCCCUUUGUACCACUGGAGAACUCUGAAACCUAACCCAGCAAAGGACCCUGUUGGCACAUGCUAUGUAGCGAUUCAGAACUUCAGUGCUUAUGCUGAGCACUCUCCUUGCCGCAACAGCAAUGCUGAUCCUGAAGGCCAAGGUUACUGCCAAGCAGGCUUUAGUCUGGACUUCUAUAAGAAUGGAGACCUCAUAGUGGGAGGACCCGGAAGCUUUUACUGGCAAGGUCAGGUGAUCACUGCCAGCAUAGCGGAUAUCAUUGCAAAUUACUCAUUUAAGGAUAUUCUAAGAAAGCUGGCAGGAGAAAAGCAAACAGAUGUGGCUCCAGCUUCCUACGAUGACAGCUACCUUGGCUAUUCAGUUGCUGCUGGAGAAUUCACUGGGGACUCUCAGCAAGAAUUGGUUGCUGGGAUUCCAAGAGGAGCACAGAACUUUGGAUACGUCUCCAUCAUUAACUCCACAGAUAUGACCUUCAUUCAGAAUUUUACUGGUGAGCAGAUGGCAUCUUAUUUCGGAUACACAGUGGUGGUAUCAGAUGUUAACAAUGAUGGAAUGGAUGACAUAUUGAUCGGGGCACCUCUCUUUAUGGACCGUGAAUUUGAAAGUAAUCCUCGAGAAGUAGGGCAGGUCUACCUGUACCUACAAGUGAGUGCCCUCCUCUUCCAAGACCCACAGGUCCUCACCGGCACAGAGACUUUUGGGAGAUUCGGUAGCGCUGUGGCCCACUUGGGGGACCUGAACCAAGAUGGAUACAACGACAUCGCCAUCGGCGUGCCCUUUGCAGGCAAGGACCAAAGAGGUGAAGUGCUCAUUUACAACGGCAACCCAAAAGGCUUACACACCAAGCCUUCCCAAGUUCUGCAGGGAAUGUGGGACUCACACACCAUCCCUUCUGGCUUUGGUUUUUCUCUAAGAGGAGAUGCAGACAUAGACAAGAAUGAUUACCCAGAUUUACUUGUAGGAGCAUUUGGAAAAGGGAAAGUAGCUGUCUACAGAGCAAGGCCAGUUGUAACAGUGGAUGCCCGGCUCCUGCUACACCCGAUGAUUAUCAACCUUGAAAAUAAAACCUGCCAGCUUCCAGACUUCCCCACACCUGUAGCCUGCUUCUCUCUAAGAGUCUGUGCAUCUAUAACAGGCCAGAGCAUUUCAGAUACAAUAGCUCUGGUGGCUGAGGUGCAGCUGGAUUUCCUGAAGCAAAAAGGAGCCAUCAAGCGGACGCUCUUCCUCCAUAACCACCAGCCCCACCUCACGUUCCCCUUCGUGAUAAGGCAGCAGAGAUCCCUCCACUGCCAGGAUUUCAGCGUUUACCUCCGAGAUGAAACUGAAUUCCGAGAUAAAUUAUCUCCAAUCAACAUUAGCCUGAACUACAGUUUGGAUGAUUCCACCUUUACAGAUGGCCUGGAAGUGAAACCCAUUUUGAACCACUACAGGGACAAUGUAGUUACUGAGCAGGCUCACAUCCUGGUGGACUGUGGAGAAGACAAUCUAUGCAUCCCCGACUUGAAGCUGUCAGCUAGACCAGAUAAGCAUCAGAUAAUUAUCGGGGAUGAAAAUCACCUUAUGCUCACAAUAAAUGCAAGAAAUGAAGGAGAAGGAGCCUAUGAAGCUGAACUCUUCGUUAUGAUCCCUGAGGAAGCAGAUUAUGUUGGGAUUGAGCGCAACAGCAAGGGACUGAGGCCGCUGAGCUGUGAAUACAAGAUGGAAAAUGUGACCAGGAUGGUGGUGUGUGACCUCGGGAACCCAAUGGUGGCUGGCACGAACUUUUCUCUGGGCCUCCGAUUUGCUGUUCCUCGUCUUGAGAAAACAAAUACGAGCAUUCACUUCGAUCUCCAAAUCAGAAGCUCCAACAAGGACAAUCCAGACAGCAAUUUUGUGAGCCUGCAAAUCAACAUCACCGCUGUCGCUCAAGUAGAAAUAAGAGGAGUGUCUCACCCUCCGCAGAUUGUUCUGCCCAUCCACAACUGGGAACCAGACAAGGAGCCCCACAAGGAGGAGGAAGUCGGUCCUUUGGUGGAGCAUAUUUAUGAGCUGCACAAUAUCGGACCCAGCACCAUCAGUGACACCAUUCUGGAAGUGGGCUGGCCAUUCUCAGCACGAGAUGAGUUUCUCCUCUAUAUUUUUCAUCUUCAAACUCUGGGGCCUCUGCGGUGUCAAACAAAUCCUGAGAUCAACCCACAGGAUAUAAAGCCAGCUGCCUCCCCAGAGGACACCCCCGAGCUCAGCGCCUUCCUGAGAAACGCUACAAUUCCUCAUCUUGUCAGGAAGAGGGAUGCGCCAGUGGUCCAGCUCCACAGACAGAGCCCUGCAAAAAUACUGAACUGCACAAACAUUGAGUGCUUGCAAAUCUCUUGUGCAGUGGGACGACUGGGAGGAGGAGAGAGCGCAGUCCUGAAGGUCAGGUCGAGACUGUGGGCCCACACGUUCCUCCAGAGAAAGAACGAUCCCUAUGCUCUUGCAUCCCUGGUGUCCUUUGCAGUGAGGAAGAUGCCCUAUAAAGACCAGCCAGCGACACACCCCACCGGGAGCAUAGCAAUUAAGACGUCGGUUAUCUGGGCCACGCCGAAUGUCUCUUUCUCGAUUCCACUGUGGGUCAUAAUACUAGCAAUCCUUCUUGGCUUGCUGGUUCUGGCCAUCUUAACUUUAGCUUUAUGGAAGUGUGGCUUCUUUGAUAGAGCAAGACCGCCUCAGGAUGAAAUGACAGACAGGGAACAGCUGACCAGUGACAAGACCCCGGAGGCAUGACUCGGAAAUGCGAAGCCCUAAAAUUCAAACACUGGUCCUGUUCAGAGAAAGAAGGGACAUGACUGCAAACUGAUCAGAGCCUUCCAUCCGGGCCAGUGACCUAGGAAUGGAAGGUGCCUAAGGGAGCACCUCGUCUGCUCCAUGCACGGGCACGGAGUGCAGAGAACCCUGACACUGUAGAAACAACCGGCAAUUGUGACAAUUCCUGUUGCUUUCACCAUUUCACAUCUGGCUGAGAGUUUGGAAUGGCUGUGGGAACUCAGACGGCUGUCCAGAUCAGCCCAAUGUGACUUUAAAAACUGAGUCCUACAGAGAUGUGAUGAACUAAGGUUAACACUACUGUAACCCACUGGACUCUCUGACACCUCCCGACAGAAGAGCAGCCUUCCUAAGGAUGCGGUGGCUCAGGGAGACAAGCAAUGUGUUGUCAGGACUGUGAAAGUACUUGUGGAACAACAGAGAUCAUUUAGUUAAGUGAGAGCAAAAAAAUGUAUUUAUUUAUUUUCCAUUUCUCUAGGUAGAGAAUCAGGCCAUCUAGAGGAUAUCGAAAUUAAGAUUUAGUUGGCUAGAUUUCAACAUCACUCAGCUUAUUUCUUCUUAAGACAUCUACUCCAUGAACAUAACAUGUUUAAUUGGGCUUCUUAGUGUGUUAGACGGUGUUGCACACAAAUUGAUAUUAGGGGUCAGUUUCGCUAAUGUCUUGCUGCCUGCUACCCAGAGUUAUCUUUCUUCGUGCUCUAGAGGAACUCACAUCUGCAUAAUUCAACACAAAAUUUUGUAUUUACAGUUCUUUUUGUACAUGUGAAAAACUAUUUCCACCGAUUUCUUUAAAUAAUUCAUUUCAAGGUACUCACUACCCUGAUGGUGUUUGAAAGUACGGGCACAAGCUGUAGAGUCCAUAUAAAAAGCAAUUUAACUAUAUGGGUGAAUCUUAUUUUUAUAGUUUACACACCAUUAUUUAGCUUGGGAUCUACACACCUGUUUUUGUUGUAAUAUCUCAUGCUUAUAUAAAAGAGAAAAUGUGUUGAGUAUAAAUCAGAUGGAGAUAUAUGCAGUUAUACAGGUGUGAGGCAAAGGGAAAACUCACUCCUGAGGACCUAACAAUAUUUUUAAAGCUUCAUUACCCACUCCUUACUAUUAAUCUUUCCUAGAAUGUAAUCUUGGAAAAAUAAUCUUCUAUACUUAAACUAUUUUACCAUCAUCUUUACUUAGUCAUCCAGAAAAUGUUGCUUAAAGCUCUUGUAAACAAUACAUAAUCAUUUGUAAUGUUACCAUUUUGAAGUAAUAUUGACCAACCAAAAUGCAUAUGAUGAUCUGCACAAUUUUAUAUCCUUUUUGUAAUAAUGAAAAAUUGCUAGGGAGAAAUGCUGAACAAAAUUUUAUGUGCAAUAUAUAAAAGACCUAUGUAUCUGAGGCAUGUUUACACUGCAUCCGUUAUUUUCUUAAUUAAUAUCCUGAAUACUAAGUCUGAUACAACAAGCUGAACAAAAUCCUAACCCUUACAAAACUGUCUGGAAAAUCUGUGUCUCAAUUUCAACAGUGACACUUUGUUUGAAAGAUGAGCCAAAUUCACAGACAGUAAAUUUUAUGUGGUGCCUUAACCUGGAAAGGAGCCACUUGGCUUCAGCUGCCAAAGUUCCUUGGAAAGCAAAUGAAAGACACAGAGACAAAUAUCAUUGCUGUUCAUCGUCCCCUGCUUGUUAAUUAAAUCUGUCCCGGUAGCUGGCUCAUGUCUACCAGGAGCUCACAUCUAGCUCCCAGUCUGUGUGAUUAGUGUAUGGGCAGCUUUGCGCUUGCCUCAAAGAGUUUUGAGGGUUCCAUACCAGCCUCUGGAGUUGUCGUCACUGUUCGUCUUUUUGAUAGAACCAGUUUCAUAAGCAGAAAGCCAUCUAUAUGAUAUAGUUUGAGGGAUGACAAACAGCUCUCUCUACACUACAUAAUGACGUAACUUUUGUGAUUCCUGAUAUGGGACCAAUAAAAACUCCUCAGAAGUUU